AUGGACGCGCAACGUGAUACAGCUCCUGCAGACGGUCAGACCAGACCAGCGCUCUCCCCGCCCGUCGAAAUCGCAGUCCCCAGCACCCCGACUCCAGAGCUGAGCACUGCGCCAAACUCACAGCCGCUGCCUCAGUCGCAAAGCGAACGCAUCGGCUCCGAGAAGCCAACGAUAGCUUCACCCACACCGAGACAGUCGUCUUCAGACAUGACGCCUCCUCCAUCCGUCCAGGUCCCCGCAAACCUGUCCACUCCAGCGCAGCGGUCUCGUUCCCAGUCGCAUCCCUUUCUCGCCUCGCCGCCGUCCACGGUAAACCAGUCGCUGUAUGAUGCAUACGGCAUAUCGGAGCGUCUGCCUACCGUGAGCGAGAUUGAUGGUGCUGACGAGCCUGCGCUUCGAAAGAUUGCCAACGAGCUGCUCGUCGUUGCUCAGGACUUUCGCAUGUCAGCCGCACACUUCAAGCUUCAGAACAGUCUCCUAUCACUCACCAGCAACGAGGCAGUCAAGCGUGCAGAGGUAGAGCAGCAGCUGGCCAAACGGGAGGUUGAGAUCCUACAGAGCGACGAGUACCGCACCCGUCGAGGCAUUGCGCAGGAAGAGUUGGCGAGGAACUUUCAGAACCACGAGCUUUCGGGCGCCAGAGUACGGAUACGGGACCUGGAACAGAUGAAUGCUACGCUGGAUCGCAGGCUCCAUCGAGCGAAACAGAUCAUCGAGGAGAAAUCAGACCAGUACGAGCUGUUGUUGGAGGAGAACGGACGGCUGAAGAAGCGGAUUCGAGACAAUCGUGAACACUUCACCAUGAUGAUGGACAACGGAUCCCUUCCAUCCAGCCCCCGUGCAGAGUUUCACACACCACAGCGCAAGGCUGCCGCCGCGCAACGACAUGCUCCCGAGAGUGCUCGCUCCUACGAUGGUAAACUCGGAAGCCGUGACCUCCUGGCUACCCUCCUGGCCGCCGAUCAGGUCCUCCACGGCGACAGUACUCGCGCUCAACCCUCUCAGUCCAAACCUCGAGGACACAGAAACUAUCAUGGCCACACUCGAGGCGCCCACUCCUUGUCCUCGCUGGCUCCAAUCUCCCAGUCUAGAAUGUCCGAGCCCUCUCAGCCCCGUUUCUUCACCCCUGUAAACAAACGGCCGCGAGAGUCUCGUGUCUCCCCAUCCCCUGCAUCAAGGCGUCUGGAUGAGGAAGACGAGGACCGCCAUGACCGUGAUAGCACCCUGUCCGCUUCCGAUGUUGAAGCAGUCACGGACGAAGACGUACCGGCGUCACAGGCGAGCUCUCUAGCUACGAGCAUGCUUCGUCGCUAUCCAGGGCCAAGCCAGGAAGAGCCUUCGAUUCCUACCAACAUUGGCAAAUCCAGUGCAAUGCUCCAGAGCAAACUGUUUGGCCACGUCAAGAAGGCUGGUCUCGAGCGUCCGACUGACCAUAUGAAGCGCAAGAGUAGCAGCUCAGACAACAAGGCUCUGUCCCCCAAAAAGGCGAGGGGUCCAAAUCCCCUUCACCAAGAUGUGGCCGUCUAA